AUGAAUCCCUCCAGUACUACCUCGGCCUCUGAAGAAUCCAGAGCGGGAUCAGAAGACGACCAGUGCGAUUCUUUCCAAAGUGAUACAACUGUACCCGACGUCCCAUCUACAGGCAUGAUUUCUUCUUCAAUUCCACCAGAUGAGUGGCACAGAAUGCAGCAGACACUACUCGAGCUGUUUUCCGAAAACAUUUCAGCUAAAAUGCUCAGAGUGGCGGUGGAAGCACUAGGAAACAAUGAUCCCCCGACAGUCUAUCCGGAAUUUGUGCCACAAUAUGGCGACGGAGCCGGAAAGUACUUCUUACGAGAUGCUGACUUUUGGACUUGUGGAUUCUUCCCUGGGAUUCUUUAUCUGCUCAGAGAGCGGGCUGUUAAAUAUCCGGGGGCAUUUCCCUACCUUGGUCAUGAAACCUCGACAAUGCCUGUCUUGAGCUCGUCACUCCGACACCAACUAUCCGAACUUUGCGGCAAGUGGACCAGCCCAGUUCAGGCAAUGAUGUCACGCACAGACACCCAUGAUAUGGGCUUCAUCAUUCAGCCUUCACUUCGCAAAGACUGGGAGUUGACCGGGAAUGAGAACAGCCUGAAUGCCGUUCUGACUGCGGCUCGUAGCUUAGCCAGUCGGUAUGUGCCUCAGGCUGGGGUCAUCCGUAGCUGGGAUGCUCUCCAACAAGCAGAUGUUUCCAUUACAAGCCUGGAGGAUGAUUGUUUAGUGAUUAUCGACAGUAUGAUGAAUUUGGACUUGCUUUACUAUGCCUCCAAGCAUCUCGCAGACCCGAGCCUUGCAGAGAUCGCCACCACACACGCGCAUACCCUCUUAAAAUCGCUUCUAAGGCCAGAGCCUACCUCGCCCAGUAGCAGCAAAUACUUCCAGUAUCCGCUGUACUCCACUUUUCAUGUUGUUAACUUUGACCCUCGCACUGGAGCCAUCAAGCAACACCGCACGGCGCAAGGAUAUCGGGUCGACUCCACCUGGGCGCGUGGUCAGGCCUGGGGAAUUAUGGGCUUCGCUCAGACAUACAAUUGGACCAAGAAAAAAGAGUUUCUGGCUGCUGCCUGUGGAUUAGCUGAAUAUUUUCUGUUUAGACUUGAGACUGCACCCCCCUGUGUGGAACAGUCCGCGGUCAACAAUGGGCUUGAUCCCCAGAGAACAAUUGGACGCCACGUGCCCUUGUGGGAUUUUGAUGCUCCAAUUGAUGAUAUAACAAAUCCCUUACGAGACUCGUCAGCUGGUGUCAUUGCUGCCAAUGGUCUACUGCUACUGUCACAAUCCUUGGCUACUCUGGGAGACACGGCUUUAGCAGAGCGUUAUCAGGUUAUUUCGAAAAGAAUAGUUUUCGAUACCAUAGAAUUAUCUUUAUCACGAGAGCGAGCACAUUUUAUUGCAGCUUCGCAUGGAGCAAACAAACCUCUCGUUGAAGACGUUGUACCUGGGCAGCGAUUUGACUCCAUCUUGAAGAACGCAACGGCCAAUCAUAAUUCCCAGGAUCAUGAUCGUUACUGUGAUCAUGGGCUGGUAUAUGCUGACUACUAUCUUCUAGAAUUUGGGAACCAAUUACUCAGAAUGAACUUGGUUUAG